AUGGUGCAAUCGCAUGAAUUUUAUGACUUGAAACCUGUCAAGUUGGGAUGUGAAGUUCGUGGCAUUGACAUUGGAAAUUCUAUACCUGAGGAAGUGAUGGAACAAAUAAAAAAGGACGUGAUCGAGCACCGUCUGUUAAUUUUCAAAGAUCAACAUAAUAUUUCACCGGAAAGGCAUGUGAGAUUCAGCAGAUGGUUCGGGGAUUUGGAGUCGUCGACUUUCACGCCACAUCCUAAGUCGCCAUUACGAGACAUAUACCGCGUGUCGAAUGACGGUUCAGAAGGCCAACGUGGAACAGGAACCCUGGCAUGGCAUAGUGAUUGCUUGUAUAUGUCAACGAUUUGCAGUUAUACAUUAUUUCAUAUGAUAAAUGUUUCUAAAGAAGCUGAAACAGGUAAGUGA